AUGGCCUGCCUGAGCCCCUCACAGCUCCAGAAGUUCCAGGAGGAUGGAUUCCUGGUUCUGGAAGGAUUCCUGUCUGCAGACGAGUGUGUGACCAUGCAGGAAAGGAUUGGCAAGAUAGUGGCCAAGAUGGACGUCCCUCUGCAUUGCCGCACUGUAUUUCCCCCUGGGUUAGAGGGGCAGUUCCAAGGCCAGGGCAGCACAGAGUAUUUCUUGAGCAGUGGCGACAAGAUUCGAUUCUUCUUUGAGAAAGAUGUUUUUGACACAGAAGGCAAUUUCCUGGUCCCUCCAGAGAAGUCCAUCAACAAAAUUGGCCAUGCUCUGCACGCCCUUGACCCGGUCUUCAAGUCUGUUACAUACUCCCCCAAGAUACAGGCCUUGGGCAGGAGUCUUGGCCUCCAGAUGCCUGUAGUGGUACAGAGUAUGUAUAUCUUCAAGCAACCUCACUUUGGUGGUGAAGUCACCCCUCAUCAGGAUGCCACCUACUUGUACACGGAGCCCCUGGGCCGGCUGCUAGGCGUGUGGAUUGCCCUGGAGGACGCCUCGCUGGAGAACGGCUGCCUCUGGUUCAUCCCUGGCUCCCAUACCAGUGGAGUGUCAAGAAGGAUGGUCCUGGAUCCUGCUAGCUCGGCCACUGGCACCAGCUUCCUGGGGUCAGAUCCAGCCUGGGAGAACAGCCUGUUUGUGCCCACACCUGUGCAGAGAGGGGCCCUCAUCCUACUCCACGGACAAGUGGUGCACAAGAGUGAGCAGAACCUUUCUGACCGCUCACGCCACGCCUACACUUUCCACCUCAUGGAGGCUUCUGGCACCAUCUGGAGCCCGGAGAACUGGCUCCAGCCAACAGCUGAGCUACCCUUUCCUCCACUGUACACCUGA